CAUUGUCUUCGAGGCAUGUGUUUCUCUGCUGAAAAUACCAGCAACAUCUGGUGAGCUGAAGGAACAGAUAGGAACAAAGGACAAUGUAUAGGUUCACAGGCUUUACAGCAAUUCAAUUAAGAGUGCAGAAAAUAAUCGAUUCACUUCAGAACAUAUACUUUGGAACCAACAUGUUCUUCAGACAGAUUUGAUUCUGUUGAACAAACAUUGAUUACCAGCAAACUUCCAUCUCUGUCCAGUAUUGAUCAGUGACCAACUUUGCUGAAAUGUAUAGAAUGGUUAUAUAACUGCAUCAACAACUGUUUGACUGGCUGCAUCUGAGGGGGUGAUGUGUCCUGCAGUUUGAUAUUUGUAAAAAGAUGAUUAAAGGCAGGAUAUGGAAGGGUUAGGAACUAAGAAACAGGAAAAUGCUUUGAGGAAGUGGACUACGUCACCCAGCAGAGCAUUUCUGCUAAAAGUUAUCCUUUUCUGUCCCAAGAAUGGAGUCUUUACUGAAGUCCUCAAUGAAACUAGCAGUUUUAGUGGCAUGGAUGUCCAGUUUGCUGGACCCUUGCAGAUUUUCCAACAUCUGUGAUACUUGCCAUACAAAUGCAACUUGUAAAACAAUUAAUGGAUCUGAUGGCUGUUUCUGCAAAAAUGGAUUUACAGGUAAUGGGAGAACAGUUUGCAAAGAUGAUGAUGAAUGCACAAAUGCAACCCAGUUCUGUGGAGAGUUGGCAAACUGCACAAACACUGUUGGGAGUUAUUACUGUACAUGCAUGUCAGGUUACUCAUCAACUGGGAGGGAAGACUUUUUACCUAAUGAUGGCACCCAAUGUCGUGAUAUUGAUGAAUGUGCGACGUCCAGUCGCUGUGGAGUCUUUGCAGAGUGCUACAACACAAAGGGAUCAUUUGACUGCUCUUGUAAAAAAGGCUACCUACCAUCCACAGGGAAGUUAUUCUUUCACCCUACAGACGGUACUAUGUGUACAGAAAACCCCAAGAAAAACUGUCAUUUGAACAGCACAUGUGUAUCAGAGAUCAUUCACAAAACACUUGAGCUUAUCAGCAGCAUUAAAGAACCACUGUAUCUGCUGGAAGAGAUAAGGAAACAGACUUCAGGGGAUCUGUCACCUGUUGAUAUGAUUUCUUAUGUUGAGGUCCUAUCACAGUCAGUGUUGUCAUUAAGUGUUAUGGAUGACACUGUCACUGACAAGGAAGCUCGUACCAAUACUACCAUAAAAACAUUUGUAAGCACUGUAAACAACCUUGUCGAAAAGGAUGAACUUGAGGUUUGGAAUCAGCUAGAUCAGGAAGACAGGAAGAAAAGUGUUACAAAGCUGCUUCACACUGUGGAACAGGCAACUCUGACCAUUUCUCAGAACUUCCAGAAGAACACACAGAUGGAAGUUUAUGCAAGUGACAUAGCUCUUAAACUAUACACCUUUGAUUCACACCAAAUAAAUCAUGUUCACCCACAUGCUUAUAUAGAAGGGGAUGUUAUAAGGAUUAUACCAAAACAAAACAAAACAGUUGGUUCUAAUGGUAGUGUUGCUAUUGUUUUUCUCCGUUACGAUAGCAUUGGUUUUCUUCUUAAACCAAAUGAAAUCUCUGAAGAAAUGGAUGACUCCCUUGAAAAUGAACCAGAUGACUUCACUUUAAACUCACAGGUUAUAGCAGGAGCUAUAAACACAAUCCCCCCAAAAAUCUGCCAGCUUGACCGAGUAACAUUUACUCUUAAACAUGUGACGCCAGUGAGUCCAGACGUUGAAACAAAGUGUGGUUUUUGGAGGUACUCUAUAGACAACAUGAAGGGUCAUUGGUCCACAGAAGGCUGUGAACGCACUCACUUCAAUACUUCCCAUACUGGAUGCAAGUGUAACCACCUGACACAUUUUGCCAUUCUUAUGUCAUCAGGACAGUCUGAUUUGAAGGCUCACUACAACAUCCUUGCAAGAAUCACUCAGCUGGGAAUAAUACUAUCUCUGAUCUGUCUGUCUAUGUGCAUAUUUACAUUCUGGUUCUUCAGUGAAAUUCAGAGCACAAGGACCACAAUUCACAAAAAUCUAUGCUGCAGUCUGUUCUUGGCUGAAUUCAUCUUUCUGGUUGGAAUAAAUAUGAACAGUAAUCAACUUAUCUGUUCCAUCAUUGCUGGACUGUUGCAUUAUUUCUUUCUAUCUGCUUUUGCCUGGAUGUGUAUUGAGGGGAUCCAUCUUUACCUGAUUGUCGCUGGGGUUAUAUACAACAAAGGUUUCCUGCACCAAAACUUUUACAUUUUUGGCUAUGGGAGUCCUGCGGUGGUUGUUACAUUUUCUGCAACCAUGGGUUACAAAUAUUACGGCACCAAUAAUGUGUGUUGGCUAAGCACAGAGAACAACUUUAUAUGGAGUUUUAUAGGACCAGCAUGCUUAAUCAUCCUGGUUAAUCUGUUGGCGUUUGGAGUGAUUAUUUACAAAGUAUUUCGUCAUAUGGCUGUGACAAAACCAGAAGUUAGUUGCUAUGAAAAUAUAAGGUCCUGUGCACGUGGCGCCCUGGCCCUUCUGUUUCUUCUUGGUGCUACCUGGACGUUUGGCGUCCUGCAUGUUGUCCAUGACUCAGCGAUUACGGCGUAUCUCUUCACAAUCUCAAAUGCAUUUCAAGGGAUGUUCAUCUUUAUAUUUCUCUGUGUGUUAUCCAGAAAGAUCCAAGAAGAAUACUACCGAUUGUUUAAAAAUGUGCCUUGCUGUUUUGAGUGCCUUAGAUAAAAAAAAAAAAAAAAAAAAAAAAAAAAAAAAAAAACUGGAAACUAAUGUAUAUGGAAAAAUAGGACAUUGUUAAAGGACUCGGACAACAAAAUGGAUGUUGUAAUGCUUAAGGCUGUCAAGGGUGCUGCAAACCCCAUUAAUUAUUCCUCACUAUUUCCAUUGUAUGGUGUAACUGGAAACUUUGCAAUCUUUAAUAUAAGGGGACAUACUAGAAAUAGGAAACAAAACUAAAUAUUUUCAGAGACUGAUUACUUUUAAAGUUGACAUCUAUGUCAUUCUGUAGCAGAGAUUCUAUCAUAAUGAUCAGGCAACUAUUGUGUUGUUUACUAUUAAUUUAAAUUAAAUCUGCAGUGUAACAUAACUAGUAUUUGAAUUAGAGUGUUUGGUUUGUUUUCGGCUUUACUCGCCUUUGAAAAUAAUUGAAACCACCGUAUAGUUUGAUAUCUGUAAAUAUGCCUGCUGUUUCAUCGCAUAAUCAUUCAGAAUUGCAAAUUUACAUGGCUUUGAAUGAAAAGCUAGGCAGUGAUUACAGAAUAAAAAGAGAGAUAGCUUCUGUUCGUCAUCAGUUUGUAAUAACACUAUUAUCCCUCCUUGUAUACAACUUUUAUGUGACAGGUACUAGUACAGUGUAUGGAUUAUAUUGUCUAUAUGUUUAAGAAGUGUUUUCUGUUACAUUAAAGCAUUUUUUAUUCAAUUAAGUUUGGCCAGGCUACUCAAGUUAUAAUGCUCUCUCCUGGAAUUUAGCAUGGCUAGUCGUCUCACUGUAUAUUUUCUGCGUGGGUGACUUUAAAUUGGUUUCAAGGGUUAUAGUACUUACCAAGUAAACAUAGCUUUAAUGCAACAGAACAGUUUGAAAUAACCUCUGUCAUGUUUCACAGUGCUGUCCAUGCAUCCAAGAGAUAUCUUUUAAUUAUCCUACUGAGAUUGAACAUAGCUUCAUAAAACUUGGAGUUAAAGGGGCUUUAUUUGUAUUCUUCGAAGAAUUCCGUCUCUGUCUACUCUGAGGAUUUCCUGUAUCUGGUACCUUCACCAGCCUACGUAUCGUUCAAUAUUAUUCACCUGUUGUAUCCGCUGCCUUGUGGAUCGGUGAAAUAUACCACAGCAUUUUGAGAUGUUAUUGAAUAUUAAAUACUGUUUUCUGUAGUACAGUUCUUAAAAGUACUUUUUUAAUGCCAGUUUUGAAUACUGUUUGUCUCAAAGUUAUAUUAUAACAUGUAAUAUAAAAUGCUAUUAUGUACUAAAACUGUAUCCUUUCCUCAUGGUUAUUUCCCCUAAAAGCUGAAACGUCUGCUGUGUCCUACUUCACAGUUUUAAAUAUAGAUAAUAGCAUGAUAACACACAAGUUUCUAAGAGGAAGCAUAAUACUUUUCAGUGUCUGUGAAUAUUUCAGCUUAAUGAUUGUAAGUACUGUCAUGUAAAUAAAACAAAUUGAUUGUU